AUGAAGAUAUCCCAAGCCUACGCUCAGGUGUUGUCACUUUCCAGCCCAAGGAGGAAGACUUCUAUGUUCCAUCAAGUGAGAAACCAUCAUUCCCCAUCCUCACCUAUCGCACACUUCAGCGCAUGCAGUCAAACUCAACGCCGCCACCAAGAACGCCAUAAAAGGAGUUACAACCAAAAGAGUGAAGACUGUCCAGACGGCUCUAUCGAGAAUCAGCGCCCAACCGCGCAGACCGGCUGGCCGAGAAACUAUUGUUUCGCGCUCGGCCAAAUCACAUCCGUCCGUCUGAAGUCUCGGCCAAAGUUCAAAGACCGGCCGAUACGCAUCACGACCCGGGAAACAUGUCCCGCGGUCGGCCAAGCCACAACCGCUCACGCCAAUGCCGCGCACGACCAUGCCGCGCGAGCCGGGAACAAAGCCUCGCGGCCGCGCAACCUUCUCGCGUACCACGGCCGAUGCGCCGUCCGAGCCGGGAACUACGUCCCGCGUCCGGCCGAGAAUUCAUCGGCCAAAUCUUCCGUCCGACCAGCGGCCGACCACGAAUCCGUCCGGCCACGACCGUUCCGACUAAGCGGCCAUGACCCGUCCGGCCGAUCGUCCCGACCGACCGUCCCAACGCCGCGGUCGACCCGAAGCCCGUUUGAACAUAUUUUUCAAGCCCGGCUUAACCCUAAGCCGCCUCUAAAGACCUAG